AUGUCGGAAACAGCGGGAGAGAAGAAACGAGAGUUCAAGUGGAUGACCGUGCUGUGGUACAUCCAUCUCAACGUUCUUGCACUUUACGGCGCCUUUAUUCUUCUGACACAAGCCAAAUGGCUGACCGUUUUCUUCACAUUUUUUAUCAUUUUUCUCUCGAACAUGGGCAUGACUCUCGGCGCCCAUCGUUUGUGGGCUCAUCGGAGUUACGAAGCUCAGGGACACGUGCGACUGCUUCUCAUGCUGGCGCAAACUCUCACCGGCGUGGGGCCGAUCUACGACUGGGUUUUAGCUCACAGAAUUCAUCACACUUAUUACCGAACUGCGAAAGAUCCCUACAAUCACGAUAAAGGAUUCGUCUACAGCCAUGUGUUCAGCAAUCUUAUGAAUUUGCAUCCCGAUCAUGAAGAAAUAGUUCAAUCGAUCGAUAUGCGAGACGUCGAAUUGGACGGCUGGGUUUGGUUUCAAAGAAGGUUCUACUGGCCUCUCUUCAUCGUCGUGGGUCUUUUACUGCCGAUAAACGCGCCUGCUGAAUACUGGGACGAAUCACUUCUGAACACGGUGUUCGCUCUUGGUUUCUUCCGUCUUGCUGUCACCGCGAAUCUCGCCUGGCUCAUCAACAGCGGAGUGCUCAUAUGGGGCUUGAAGCCAGGAGACAAAUAUCCUGCCGAUGACAACAGUGUUUUCUUCAUAACGAAAUCGCACUGGCCGAAUUAUCAUUAUCUGAUCACGUGGGACUAUAAAACCGGCGAAUACGGUAGUUACGAUUCCGGAUGUAUGGCUUUUGUUCUAAACAUUUUCUCGAACUUGGGUUCCAUAUCAUUGCUCAAAACAGCAUCGAACGACGCGAUCAGAGACGCGCUGUACCGGGUUGCAACGACUAAAAGUGUCACGGUGGACGAAGCCCUUGAAGAUGUUAAAAAAAUCGCCGAAAAGGAAGCCGUCAACGUAAAACUUUCUUAUCUUCAUUAGAGAACAAUUCAUCUUUUAUUUUUAUUCUUUCCUGUUGUUUUUUCUUAACUUAUUCCAUACGUUGAGAAAAGCAAGUCAUCGCAUUGCUCAUUAUAUAUUGUAUCGCGUUCGCUUCACAAUUAGAAUAAACGUUUAAUUAUA